AUGGAGAAAUACUUGGUUUUUAUUCUAUUGGCCAUAUUCCACACACGAUGGGCGACACCUGUACUCGUCUGUGAAUCAAAUUCCGAUUGUGAUGAAGCCCGAGACCCGUAUUGCUGUAAAAAGAUAAAACAGUGUCGUUCGAAUUGUGUUCUACAAAAUUGCACUUCAAACACGGAUUGUGGUUCACCAGGCGAGCGUUGUAAGCACGGGAAGUGCCUCCCGGUGUCGGCUCCGUCACGCACGAAGGAUGAUCGUAGCCCAGCUUUGGUUAUAGUGUUCGUUGCAGUAUGUCUAUUCGUGUUCGUAUGCAUCAUUGUGGCGCCCGUUUGUUGUUGCGUAAGAUGCGCAGGGGGAUUCUGUGAUCGGCGCCUCGCCAGGGGAAACGUUGCUGCUGGUAGACACGCUGGGUGGAACUUUGGCGACGGCGGGGGUGGCGGCGGCGAUGGUGGUGGCGGGGGUGGUGGCGGCGGGGGUGGUGACGGCGGCGGGGGUGGUGGCGGCGGUGGUGGUGACGGGGGGUGCUGA